AGUAAGAAAGAUUCGCAUAUUUAGGUUGGAAAAUCGGAAAAUAAAUCUCCAUUCCUAUCCCUUUGCAAGAAUCCACCCUUUUGUUUUCCGAUUUAAUUAAAUUUGUCCCGCAUACACUGACUAUCACAAUUACUCCAAAUAAUAAAUCAAUUUCCAAUUCCUAAACCCCAACGUUAGACUUUCAUAGGAACAGAAAGGAUUUUUGACUUUUUUAUGAUUAAUGGCUGCGAGUGCGAAUCCGACGGGGAAUUAUCAGGAAGGUUCGUCGAACCAGAACGUAACGCCUCCUCCACCUCCACCAGCUAAUGGCGUUUCCGUCAAUUCGAACAAUAGCGGGGGCAAUACAUCCGCCGCCGCCGUCUCGGCUGAUACUCAGUCCGCGUUGAGGCACAACCCUGGCAUCUCCCUCGACUGGACUCCUGAAGAACAAACGAUGCUUGAAGAUUUGCUUGUCAAGUAUGCCUCAGAUUCAACCAUAGUCCGGUACGCUAAAAUUGCAAUGCAGUUGAAGGACAAAACAGUUCGGGAGGUGGCCCUGCGGUGUAGAUGGAUGUCUAAAAAGGAAAAUGGCAAACGAAGGAAAGAGGAUCAUAAUUCAGCAAGGAAAAAUAAAGACAGAAGGGAAAAAGGUACAGACUCUUCAGCAAAGUCUACGCCUCAUUUAGCAGCUCGAUCUAAUUGUCCUGCAUAUGCUCUACCAAUGAUCCCGAUGGACAACGAUGAUGGCAUCCCAUAUGAAGCCAUUGGUGGUGUCACGGGAGAGUUGUUUGAACAAAAUGCUCAAAUGUUUAAUCAGAUUUCUGCUAAUUUCACAGCUUUCCAGGUACAUGACAAUAUAAAUCUCUUAUGCAAAGCACGGGACAACAUCCUCACGAUCAUGAAUGAUUUGAAUGACCUGCCAGAAGUAAUGAAGCAAAUGCCUCCACUUCCGGUCAAGGUAAACGAAGAACUUGCCAACAACAUCCUCGGUCAUUCAUCGCCUCGGAUGAAAUCAUGAUUCGGGAGGGGGGAUGCUUACCUAUAUCCAACCAUUUGUCUCAGAGCCAGGGAAUCAAGUAAAAUAUGAAAAAAUAAGGUAAAAAAAUGAAGAAA